AUGAACCCACAUUAUGCAGCAACAGCUAACGAGUUCAUUGUACCUAUCAAAACAGCUUUAGGCAUCUCCAAAGUUCAAGUAAGUUGUUACCUAAAAUAUUAAAACUUUUAGUUUUCCCCUCAACUGGACAAAAGGAUACUGGCUGUAGCGUCAUGGGACAGUUACUUGAAGCUUUACGAUGUCUCAAAUCCCAAUAAUCCACUUGAGCAGAGGAACAUCUUUCACAAGAAAUCUGUUUUAUGUUGUACAUUUGCGGUAAGUUCUCUACUUUGUUUAGUUCUAGAAUUAUAAUGAACAAUACGUAAAUAUAAAUUUAUAUCAAAGUUUUAUAUAUUAUUACAAAGCUUAUAUACAUUUUAAAAAUUUUGUUUUAAUAAUUUGCUUAUUUUAGAAUCAACAAAGUUUGUUGAGUGGAGGAUUGGAUGAAAUUGUGAAGUUGGUCGAUGUUGAGUCUGGGAGAGGUAAGUUGAGGUUUCUUUUGUUAUUGUUUUGUGUUUAGAAACUGUUAUGGGACAACAUUCGGCACCAGUACGAUGUUUGGAGUUUUGUCAAACGAUGAGAACUGCUGUUUCUGCUGGUUGGGACGGAUAUGUUAAGGUAUGUUGUAGAAACCUUUAAUAACUAAUAACUUUAAAAAAAAGUUGGGAGGUCUGUCUAUAUUUUUAUCUUAUGAAAAUAGAGAAAUUUUAAAAUUGACGCUUUGUUUAUACAACAUAAAAGCAACGGUGAUUAAACUCAUCUUGAUUAUGUUAAACAUUUCUCUUCUUAAUCUACUAAAUAUGAACUAUUUAAGCUUUGGGACACACGAUCAUUAUUACCCGUCGGCCAAAUGGAUUGUGUAGAGAAGAUUUAUGCUUUAGAUGUUGUUGAUAACCGAGCUGUAGUGGGUACGAAAGAUAAACAGAUUUACGUUUGGGACGUUCGCAACUUUUCUCAACCUCUGCAACAAAAAGAGUCACCUUUGAAGGUAAGUGUACAUUAAUUUUAUAUGACACUAGUCGUGGUAGUAUUGGGAGCGCGGUAAUUUGGUUUUUUGUUCUUUCAGUAUCAAAUCAGGGCCAUUAAAUGUUUCCCAUCUGCUGAAGCGUAUGUCGUAUCUUCAAUUGAAGGCAGAGUUGCAGUAGAAUACUUUGAUCAGAAUGCAGAAGUUCAGAAGAGCAAAUAUGCUUUCAAAUGUCACAGAGUGAAAGAUGAACAAGGAGAACUCAUCUAUCCUGUCAAUGCCAUCGCUUUUCAUCCUAUUCACAGGACUUUUGCUACUGGUGGUGUGUUUUGCAUUUUUCUACGAUUGGGAGUUUAUAUUUUUAUAAACUUUAUAUUUUUAAAAAUAUUGCUAAAAAGAAUUAUGGGAUGCUUAGUUUUAACUACUAGUUAAGUAAAAAUUAAUUUUUUGUUAAAAACUAAUGUUUUAGGUUCUGACCAGAUGGUUAAUAUGUGGGAUCCAUUUAACCGCAAAAGACUGUGCCAGUUCAGAAAGUUCCCAUCAUCUGUUACCUCGUUGUCAUUCACAUCUGACGGAUCUCAUUUGGCUAUUGGUACAACAUAUCUGUACGAGGAUGACGCAGUGCCAAACCCUCUACCUGAACCUUCAUUAACAAUCAGAAAAAUGACAGAAUUAGAAGUGAAACCUAAGUAA